UUUUGAUCCCAGAUUUCUUCUCCCAGAUUUCUUCCUAGUUUCAGAUUUCAGAAAACUCAGAUUUUCUCUGCUAAAAACCCUACUGGGUCAAUUAGAGAAAAAAAAAAAAGAAAAAAAAAAGCUUGAUUCAUUCUUUGUUUUGAAGAAAGGGGGGAUUUUCCUAGGGACCCAGUUUUUUGUUUCAGUGCCGCACAAUCGAAUUUCUGUUGGCUUUUUCUAAGUGCACUUCUUCGAUUUGAUUUCCCCCUUCUCCUGCCACUUUGUUUCCCGUUUCUGUUCUAACAGUCACUGGCAGAAAAGAAAUCCCACAAUUGGUUUUCUGUGCGUUGCUGAGUUGGAAGUGAUAGUGGCAUUGCCAAAGUGCAAUUCCAUUGAAACGAAGGAAGUUUUGAUGAGAGGGCAAUGAGAGGGGCGUGUGAGCGUUCAGAGAGAUUAAGAUGAGUGGCGGGUCAUUGGGUAUUCGUUCUGCGAGUUAUGGCUCUUUGGAGAAGCAGCUGUACAUGCUGCAGCACAACGGUGCAUCUCCAAUUCAAUCAGCACGAAAGCCUCCCAAGACGCUGAAGGAGAAAGACAGGUUCUUCCAUUGGAUCUUCAAGUUUGCAGGCAGAAAGAAGGUGGGAAUGCUCUUUCUCUUUGCAAUCUCCGCUGCCGUUUUCAUCUGGGUUUUGUACCUUGGAAAAGGUGAAGAUUCACAGGAGGGAAACGGUGUGCGUAAUAACAUUAAAGUUAAUGAAAGUACGUCUAUAGGUGAUUCUCCAUCUGUGAUCUCUACUUCAAAUAUCUUGGGCUUAUCCACAGUUUUAGUUCUACCUCCUUCUCCCCCAAGCUAUUUUCUGGGUUACAUUCUUCCUCCUGGUCAUCCGUGUAAUAGUUUCACACUUCCUCCUCCGCCGGCAGACAAAAAGCGAACCGGGCCACGGCCCUGCCCGGUAUGUUACCUUCCUGUGGAGGAAGCCAUUGCACAUAUGCCAAAGUUUCCGUCUCCUUCUCCAGUACUUCAGAACUUAGCAUUUAUCUAUGAGGAAACUCUUAGCAGGGUUGGUGAGUUUGGUGGUUCGGACUUUGGUGGAUAUCCUACUUUGAGGCAGAGAAAUGAAUCUUUUGAUAUUCGAGAAUCAAUGAGUGUGCACUGUGGAUUUGUUAGAGGAGCUAAACCUGGCCGCAACACAGGAUUUGACAUGGAUGAAGAUGACCUCCUCGUGAUGGAGCAGUGUCACGGCAUAGUUGUUGCAUCAGCCAUAUUUGGAAAUUUUGAUGAGAUAAAUGAGCCAACAAAUAUAAGUGAUUAUUCAAAGGAGACCGUGUGCUUUCUUAUGUUUGUUGAUGAAGAAACAGAAAAAUACUUGAGGAGUUCUGGCAGGCUGGGAAUCAGCAAGAAGAUUGGUUUGUGGAGAAUUAUUGUUGCUCGUAAUCUUCCUUAUACAGAUGCAAGACGCUCGGGGAAGAUUCCAAAGCUUCUGUUGCAUAGAAUGGUUCCAAAUGCUCGUUAUUCUAUAUGGCUUGAUGGAAAGCUAGAGCUUGUUGUUGAUCCAUAUCAAAUCCUUGAAAGGUUUUUGUGGAGGAAGAAUGCAACUUUUGCAAUAUCUAAACAUUAUAGACGCUUCGAUGUAUUUGCUGAGGCCGAGGCAAAUAAAGCCGCUGGAAAGUAUGAUAAUGCCUCUAUAGACUUUCAGAUUGAGUUUUACAAGAAUGAGGGACUGACUCCAUAUACAGAGGCCAAACUUCCUCUUACAAGUGAUGUUCCUGAAGGAUGUGUAAUUGUAAGAGAACAUGUUCCCAUUAGCAACCUCUUUACUUGUCUUUGGUUCAACGAAGUUGACCGAUUCACUUCUAGAGACCAGAUUAGUUUCUCAACUGUCAGGGAUAAACUUUUGUCCAGGGUGGAUUUUCAUUUUCUCAUGUUCUUGGAUUGUGAAAGACGCAACUUUGUAGUUCAGAAAUACCAUAGGGAUAUAUUGAAACGUCUGGCUGCUCCGGUGGCAGUUGCUCUCAGUCCUCCAUUGCAACGUGUGCAUGAAACAUCACCGGAAAAGGUUGCCAGGAGGGGCCCGGGAAAGCACGGAAAAGAACGGAGAGCGAGUUCUAGGCGCCACCGGAAAGUUGUGGCCGGAGGCAGGGACAUACAAACAUAGAAGCAAAUUAUACAGUUUUGGAAGUGUGACAAUAUAUCAUUGAUUAUUUGGGUUUUGACAUUCCACCUACACAAGUCAUUCCCUGGUGGGAAGAUGAGUGUAGUGUGCUCUCAUUCUUUUUACUUUAUGCAAUUCGUUUAUGGUUAUUAAUUUUUUGUUGUAUAUAGGGAAAAAGAAAAUCCUCAAUAAUUAUCAAUUAUCAUAUCAGGGUUGUCACUUGCCACCAAAUUCCUGACUUGUGGCAACCCACUCUGUUGUUUCAUUACACUAUAGGAUAAAGUGUAGCUGUUGCUCCCAUUUGUACUUCAUCAAGGUCCUUUUUUCCGCUUUAAUAACUAAAGUUUCUCACCACACCUUGCUUUA